AUGGCUUCAGCCCAGUACGUACCACAGUCGCAGUACGCUCCGCCUGAUGGCUUCGAAGGCUACGUGCCAUACGCGCAACAAGGUCCUCGUGAAAUCCCAUUCAACGGAAAAUGGCACCGAGCAAAGAUUGUCCUACGUAGUCUCAACAUUGCAUUCGGUGCCAUCGUCAUCGGCAUCUCAGUCUCUCUUGUGCUUUACUCAUUUUCAAGUUCAUUCUACCUUGUAUUCAGUGGAUUCCCCGCUGCCGUUCUUAUAUGCUGGGAAACCUCCGAACUGAUCACCAUCUGCGCAAGAGGCGGGAGACGAGGAAUUCACCCCGGUUCUCAUGUCGGAAUGCACCUGCUCUUCUGGCUCGUCUUCCUCGUGGCCACGGGAUGGGAGAUUGCAAACAUUAUCCUCCGCGAUGGUCCGCGGUCGUGGGUGUUCAGCGGCGGCCAGAUCACCUCUAUGCAGGAUACAGUGAUGGCGUUCACUGCCCUCUUGCUUAUCAAUAACUUCACCCUCUUCGUCCGCGCAUGUAUUGAGUGCAAGCAGCGCAAUGCUCGCCCUCCUCCCGUCUACAUGGUCCCUAUCAAUGGGCCGCCGCCGAUGCAGCCUGCAGGUUCCUACCAGCCCUACCCAUACUCCCCGCAGCAAGCCUCUUUUCAACCACAGCACGACAAAGGGCAGAUGACAGGAGCUAAUGUUGACACCAUUGAGAGGGAGGCACAGCCAGGCCUGGAUGGGACGUACUACGGUCCCGGAAGCCGGGCUUGA